AUGAUCAAAAGAGGAAUCUACACCCCCGUUCCCACGUUCUUCAAAAAAGACCUCAAAACCAUCGACUUCGAGACCCAGGUGAAACAUGCCCAGUUUUUGAAGAACAAUGGCAUAGCAGGCCUUAUCGUUAUGGGCUCAACUGGCGAAAUGGGCCAUUUGACCAGAAAAGAAAGAGCCCAGGUGGUCUCCCAUAUCCACAAAAGCGUACCUGAUUUCCCUAUCAUGGGAGGUGUCAGCCAGCACUGUACUGAGGAAGCACUUGCAGAAAUUCUGUCUUUGAAGCAAGCUGGCGCAUCUCAUGCUUUAGUGUUACCCAGUUCCUACUUUGGACCGUCCAUAAAGCAGCAGGGUAUAAUUGACUGGUACACCGAGGUAGCUGACAAUUCAGAGUUACCUAUUCUCAUUUACAUUUAUCCAGGAGUUACUAACAAUGUCGUGGUGGAGCCAAGCACUGUGGUGACUCUUUCAAGGCACCCUAACAUUGUAGGCACCAAGAUCUCCCACGGCGAUGUUGCCCAUCAUACCGCAAUCGGGUUGAAUCCGUCGAUCAAAGUCGGCAAAUUCACCUGUCUCACCGGUUUGGGCCAGAUCUUGCUUCCUGCUCUCUCUGUUGGGUUUGACGGUACAGUGGACGCCUUGAGUGGAGCGUUUCCAAAGCUCUACGUGAACAUAUUGAAAGCGUACGACCUGGGCGACCUUGCCACUGCAGAGAGUUUGCAGUGGAUUGCCACUCUUGGCGAAGAACUUGUGGUUCGCUUUGGAGUAAUUGGAAUCAAAAAAGCUAUUCAAAAAGCCACUGGUUUUGGCGAGACGUACUUGGGCAGAGCCCCACUCAACCAGGAUGUGCUGGGCUGGGAAGACUACGAGGAUUGCUUCACGGAAUGCGCCGACGCCGAAAGAACCCUCUAA